AUGUCUAGAGCUACUAGGUAUAGGCCUAAUUUUGUUGGUGUUGCACCUACUGGUCUUUCCACUGCACCUUGGGAUACGAGCUCCAGUCCUAUUCCACCAGUUCCUAAGACUACUAUACUUCAGAGGAUGGGGAGGCUAGAGCAGAGGAUGGAUGAUUUGGAGCAUGGGUUUAGGGAGAUGAAGGCAUCCCAAGUACAAAUGGCAAUAGUCUUGGAGCUAUCUUUGAUGAUGCAGAGGAGGAUGUUUAUAGCUUUACUACUAGGAGAGUCAUUGCCAGUCUUACCUUCAUUGAUUCUUAUUGUUGCUACUUCUUCAAUACUUGUUCCACCUACUUCAGCACCUGAACUGCCACCUGCAAUUGUGACUGAGCCUCGAGAUCCAAGAGUGGAUAUUGAGAGUAGUGAGGCAGAGGCCGAGUUUGACUUUGAUAAGGAUGAUGAGGGGGUUAGGAUUUGCUAG